AGCCGAGGCGGCCCCUGCUCUGGUCGGGGGGUGGGACACCCGAGGGAAGGAGGGGCCGCAAGAGCGAGAGUGUCUCAGCUAGCGCGCGCAGGGGCGGGGCGGGGCGACGCGCGCGCCAGCCAUUCGCACGCCUGCUGACAGUUGCAGGCGCUGGCGGCUUUUGAAUUUAGUUUCCAGUCUGCGAAAAAGAGCAGAGCCCGGCCGGGAUCGCUGCCUCAUUGGGCAAGGGCGGGUCACGUGGGGGCCGUAGUUGUGGGCGGGAGCUGGGAGAGCCCGGCAAAGCGCGCGCCGGCCAUAUUGGAGGAGCGCGGAGCCCGCCUGUUUUGUGUUUCAUUCUGAGCCCGACCCGAGGGGAAGGAACCGGCGCGCGCGGGCGGGUUCGCUCUUUGCAGCUCCAGGCGCCGGUCUUUUCCCUCGGCGCGUUGCUGGGGCUGCUUCUGUCCUUUUAUUUUCCCUCCUUUUUUUCCCCCUUGUCCCAGCCUCGCUGCGUCUCCGGCUCGCUGAUUCUUCGCGCCCUCCGCCGCUUUUGUACUGUCCGCUGCUAGCGCUGUAGCUGCCUCUCUCACCCCUCUGAACGGCUUCGGGGCGCUUAAAUCAGCGCCCGCCUCGCCUCUCCUCUCCUCUCUCGCGUCCCCUCGCACGUUCUCCCGCACCCCGGCACCCUCCUGUCCUCGCUGCUCCGCACCCGCGGCCCUCGCCGCAUCGCCCGCUCGUCGCCAUGGCGGCUUCCACGCCCGUGGGGCAGAGGCCCCGGGGCAGCGCGGCCAGCACCCCGCUCAGCCCGACGCGCAUCUCCCGGCUGCAGGAGAAGGAGGAGCUGCAGCACCUCAAUGACCGGCUCGCCGUCUACAUCGACAAGGUGCGGAGCCUGGAGACCGAGAACAGCGCGCUGCAGCUGCAGGUGACCGAGCGAGAGGAGGUGCGCGGCCGAGAGCUCACCGGUCUCAAGGGGCUCUACGAGGCCGAGCUGGCCGAUGCCCGCCGGGCGCUGGACGAUACGGCUCGGGAGCGGGCAAAGCUGCAGAUCGAGCUAGGCAAGAUCCGCACGGAGCACGAGCAUCUGCUGGGCAGCUAUGCAAAAAAAGAAUCUGAUCAUAACGCAGCCCAAGUCAAGCUUCGGGAGUUUGAAGCAGCCCUAAAUUCCAAAGAAGCUGCCCUGGCUACAGCACUUGGUGAUAAGAAAAGCCUGGAAGGGGAACUUGAGGAUUUGAGAGAUCAGAUUGCCCAGUUGGAAGCCUCCUUAGCUGCUGCCAAGAAACAGCUGGUAGAUGAAACUUUAAUGAAGGUGGAUCUCGAAAAUCGUUGUCAGAGUCUGACUGAAGACUUGGAGUUCCGUAAAAAUAUGUAUGAAGAGGAAAUCAACGAGACAAGAAGGAAACAUGAAACUCGCCUGGUUGAGGUGGAUUCUGGGCGCCAAAUUGAGUAUGAACACAAACUGGCUCAAGCACUUCAUGAAAUGAGAGAGCAGCAUGAUGCACAAGUGAAACUGUAUAAAGAAGAGCUGGAACAGACUUAUCAUGCCAAACUUGAGAACGCCAGACUCUCCUCUGAGAUGAGUAGUUCCGCAGCCAAUACAGUAAGAGAAGAACUGACAGAAAGUCGCAUGCGGAUUGAAAGCCUCUCCUCCCAGCUUUCAAGCCUACAAAAAGAGUCUAGGGCAUGGCUGGAUAAGAUGCAGGAGCUGGAGGACACACUGGCUAAGGAAAGGGACAACUAUCGCAGGAUGCUCUCUGACAAAGAAAGAGAAAUGGCUGAGAUAAGAGAUCAGAUGCAGCAACAGUUGAAUGACUAUGAACAACUUCUGGAUGUGAAAUUGGCUCUGGAUAUGGAAAUCAAUGCAUAUAGGAAAUUGCUGGAGGGUGAAGAAGAGAGGUUGAAACUAUCUCCCAGCCCAUCUUCUCGGGUGACAGUCUCUCGGGCAUCAUCAAGUCGUAGCAUGCGUACAACCAGAGGAAAGAGGAAGAGAAUUGAUGUGGAAGAAUCUGAAGCCAGCAGUAGUGUCAGCAUCUCCCAUUCAGCUUCUGCUACUGGAAAUGUUUGUAUUGAGGAGAUAGACGUGGAUGGGAAAUUCAUCCGCUUGAAGAACACUUCUGAGCAGGAUCAACCAAUGGGAGGCUGGGAGAUGAUCAGAAAAAUAGGAGACACUUCUGUCAGUUACAAAUAUACCUCAAGAUAUGUACUAAAGGCAGGCCAGGCUGUUACAGUCUGGGCUGCAAAUGCUGGAGUUACUGCCAGCCCUCCCUCUGACCUCAUCUGGAAGAACCAGAAUUCUUGGGGCACUGGCAAAGAUGUGAAAGUUAUAUUGAAAAACUCUCAGGGAGAGGAAGUUGCUCAGAGAACCACUGUCUUCAAAACAACUCUACGUGAAGGCGAAGAAGAGGAGGAAGUUGAGGAAGAAGCAGUUGAGGCAAUUGAAGAAGAGGAUCUUUUUCACCAGCAGGGAGACCCAAGGGCAGCUAACAGAAGCUGUGCAAUCAUGUGAAUUUCUUCAGUCAACCAGCUUCCUCAGAUUAUGACUACAUCACUUAGACUAGCCAUCUGCUGUCGAUCCCUUUAUAUUUAGGUGCUGUUGGGGAGUGGAAGGCAUUUACAAGAUGAUGAAUUCUUUUGUACUGAAGACUUUGUUUUUGUACUACGCAAUCAAAGUUACAAAACUUUUUUAUAGAAAAGACAAGCUUUUCUUUUUUUAAAAAAAAAACAACAAAGCCUAAUCACGUAAGCACUCAUCAGAGGAUGAAGGAAGCAGAAAAAACUUGUUUUAUUGGUACCUUUUUCUUUACUUAGUUUCUUAACCAAGGGUGGGAGGGGGAUGUUUCAUGUUAAACAUGCUAGUUGUGUUUUUAAAGAUAGUGUAACUUGCUUAAAUUUUCUUAUGUGAUAUUAACAAAUAAAAAGCUGUUUUAAUAUGA